AUGUCCGUCAUCUGCCGGCAUUUCGUGCAGAACGCCUGGCGCAAGGACCUCUGCUCCAACUGCUUCAAGUCGGAGGAGGAGCACGCGCCGCGCGGGGCGCCGCGCGCCGACGCGCUGCGCGGUCUAGACGAUCUGACACGGCGCUACAGCCCGCAGGCGCGCCCCUACACCUCCACCGGGCUGAGUGAGACCAUCGGCCGCAGCAGCGGCAGCCUGACACUCAAGUCGACGGCACUGCUGCGUGGCCUGCAGCCGCGGUCGGAGGAGCCAGACGUCGGCAUGGGGCGGCUGGAGCUAGCGGAGGCGCCGCUGGCUGCCUCGGGCUCCGCGCCGGAGCGCACCGACGGCAUCGUGCACGCGGCGGUGAACAGGGCGCUGCUGGCCGACGCGGCGCCGGCCGGCCGGCGGCGCGGCAUCCUGGUGCUGGAGGGGCGCGGCGGCGGCCGGCAGCGGCGCUCGGUCGCCUUCUCAGACGAGCCGGAGGUGAUCGGCUUCGGCGGUGAGACAGCCGAGAUGGACGAGGAGUCGAGCGAAGACGAGGACGAGCCGGAGUCGGCCGAGCUGGCCGAUCCGCUCGGCGCCGAGGAGCGCUCCCUGCUGAGCCUCACGCAGCGCAACACCGACUUUAACUCGAUCAACAGCAACCUGUCGGGCACGUCGCGCACGCUGGUGGACUGGCUGGACGAGAACGACAGCACAACAGAGCGCAGCGCGCUCACCGGCCGCCACAAGAAGUUUACGCCGUUGGUGAGCAUCGCGCCGUUCUCGUCCGGCCGCAGCCCCGGCGGCGUGAAGGUCAACCUGGUGGCGCCGAUGAAGAACGGAGAGAUCAUCACCGAGAGCCGCGACCGCUUCGAGAUGGUGGAGAAACGCGCCUCUGCGGAUCCCAUUUCGUCGGCCAAGAUGGCUGAGAAGAUUACCCGACUGGACGACCUCAUCGACGAGAAGCCAAAGAAGACGACCAGUGUUGAGAUCACGAACAGCGAGAGUCCCGAGCGCGGUCUGGUGGCGGAGACGGUCUCCAUCACGGAGUUUGAGCGGUCGGCCGGCGACCGGGUGGCUAGCCCACCGCUGGUGGAGACCAGGUUCAGCUUCGCCAUCGGCGGCCGGCGGGGUGCCCCGGCCGUUCCGGAGGGAAAGGCUCCCCCCACCGAAACGUCCCGACCGCCGUCUGUACCCUUGAAUGGCGCGAGCACCGCCGCGGCGUCCAACGGGAAGCCUAUGUCCAGCAAAAGUGCUCUGGGGACCGCUGAAGAAGCGCCCUCACAGAGUGGGACCUUUCCUGAUGAAGCUGGUGACGACCUCGCCGCUCAAAGGCCGUUAAAGGAAACGAAAAAUCCUCGCCCUUCUCAAAACAAAGACCUCGUUGAGGAAUCGGACAAACCUAACGCGUCCAGCUUUUACGCAGUCAAGACAACCCACGAGGACCAUUCGAACGGCUUGGAUUCCGCCAAGGCAGAAAACGAAGACUCUUCUUCGACUGAAGUUUCCUUCGAGCCGACUGAUGAAAGACAUUCGGUGACUAGAAGCUCGUCCGUUGAAGCGAAUGGAAUGCAUAACGGAUUCAGUGAAACGGGCUCCAUCGGUGCCGGCUUGUCGUCCAGAAGGCCAGAGGCGACAAUGUCACAUACUACGCAAGGCGACAAUGGAAACGGUGAUGAAGGUGCCGACGAAAGGAAAAGUGACCACAAGUGGUCUCUGAGUGAGCAGUUGAGGCAGCGCACUGCGGAUGAAGCGAGACGAUCUGCCCACAGCUCUGCACUUCAGAAGCUCAUUGAUGAAGAUGUUGUCAACCAGAACGUCCGCACUGAAAGCUCAUCAACGCGGAAUGGUCAGCCUUUGCGGCAGAGGAUCGAUACUGCAUCUGAGGAACAAGUGAAUAAAGUUAACCUGAUGAAGUCAAGAUUCUCGGAGAAGCAGCCCGAGGCAUCUGAAGACUUGCCGAUGAUGCAAAGCCCAUCGAGGACAGACCAGUGCGAGCCACCUAAGAAGACGGGCACAGACAGUACUGCGACGGCAGCCACAGACAGUUCUGCGACGGCAGACACAGACAGGACUGCGACGGCAGCCACAGACAGUACUGCGACAGCAGUCACAGAUAGCAGUGCGAUGGCAGCCACAGACAGUACUGCGAUGGCAGUCACGGACAGGACUGCGAUGUCAGCCACAGACGCUUCCUUUGGCCGAGUAUUCGAGAGCCAGUCAAAAGGCCUUGUGCCCUCAAUGCCUCCGAUAUCGAAACCCUCCCCACGAACCUCGUUUUUGCAUUCUCUGACCAACUCCAGAGCAGACGAAUCAGAUAAUACCUUCAGUGAUUUUCUGGCCUCCACUUUGUUUGCCCCUAUCACUAACAGUGCAGUAAACGGGACUGACACCCCUGCUGAAAAUCCCAGGGCGAAGACUGACGGUGAAGAGGAAGCUAAACCGGCAGCGUCUCCUCGCCAAGGAGUUGUUUCUAAAGCGAGCGAUACAGCGAUACGACCCAUCUCAAAACCCGCAUCGGGUACCACCAAGCCUCCAAUUCUGAGAGAGAAACCCAAGAUCGCGGCCAAGCCUGCCAAACUGCACAGGCUAAGUCGAACCACAAGUACGGAUAGCGAGAGCAGUGUCCGGCCAACUUCUGAGGCCCGUGAAACUGAGCGUGGAGAGCGUGACCCGCCAAAGUUAGAGCCUUUGGGACAGGAAGCGUCGUGUCCGAUCACGGAGACUAGAAAGCAGGAGGACGAAGUGAUGGGCGCUGUUUGCGUGGCAGUCAAGAGUCCUGUUCUCGAUGCGUCUACACGCUUGACAAAGCUUGUGGAGAGCGCCAAGACAGUGAGGGAUGAGCCGAUAGAAAAGAGUCGUCUGACGAUAAGCGUAUCGCCUCCGCGUCCUCCUGCAAGGAAGGAGAGCCUGACGAGGAAAGAGCGUGCAAUGAAGCGAGAGAAAGACCUGGAAAAACAGCGUGAGGAGCUCGAAAAACGACACAAAGAGGAACUGGAUGAGGAACAAGUCGUGAAAAGGUCUACUGAGGUACGGAAGGAACACAGACCGGCACCUCAGCCGCCACCACACAGGGAGCUAGAGAGGACGACGAGCAGCGAUUACGAGGCGAACCGGGCAGCGAUCGCUAACCUGCUGUCGCUCGGCCACAGAGGCAGCACCACCAAGCGGCAGGCGCCGCGUGUCCCUACAGAUGCGUCCAGCCAGGACAGACCUGCCCAAGAUACUCUCGAAACCGAGACCAGAGACACAGGUGGAGUUCAGCUGGCUCCUGAUGCAGAGACAAAAGAUGCUCAGGAGCAAGACCCGCAUGUGGGGUCUGAAGUUAUGUCAAAACCUGAGAUGACGACGCAUUCGUCGGAGACUGAAGAGAGUAAAAGCGAAGCAGGUCAUGAUAGCGGUGAGGCGGAUGGCAAAGGAGAUGAUAAUCUGAUAUCCCAUGCCAUAACCGCGACUGGCUUCGAAGAAAAAGAUAAUCACCAUUCAAGUCUCACAAAUUCCCCCAAACAACGCCAUGACUCCAACGAUAAUUCGGCAAAUGCUAGUGCGGACGGUCAAGAGAAAGAUAGCAUUACUGAUAUCCAACUGAAGGAAGAUGAAAACCGCCGGAUAGGCCACGAAGAAGACGAUAAUGGGCAGAAAAAUGAUUUCGAAACGCGUGACGCUUUAACUAACGCAGAACUUCAUACCAACGCUUUAAAGGUGCCAUUUGAGAAUGGACAUGUUAGGGAUGUGCAAGAAGCCGUUGAAUUCGAGCAUGAACCGGAACCCUCUUCCGAUGAGCAAAAGACGGAUGUCGCUGAACCUGAAACGGAAGAGAUUCCACGCAUCAAACUUAAGGUGGAAAGCCCUCCAGUUCCUGCUCCAGUUCAUAAUGAACACACAGUCGUGAAUGGAGAUAGCUUGCAGAAUUCUCGGGACCUCACUCAGGGCGAGGCACCAUUGAGUCUGCCGGUGCAAACGAACGGUGCCACAAAUAUGAGCAUCAAGGACGACAAAAACCCCUACGCGUCCACUGCGAUUUUCGACCGUCGCUCUUCUUUCAAGCCUGACAUCGAUGACGACGACGACUUGCCUCCAUCAGCCUCUAUGAGGUCGUCGUCGGUGAGCCCGCGCUCGCGAAAGCGCGCCUCUAACGUGGUUAGCUUUGACCCGGCUGCCGAGUUCUACUCGCGCGAGACGGUGCUGAUCAAGCCGCGCUCGCAGUCGAUGCCCCGCUCCGGCCAGGUUGAGGGUCUGAUGACGGACGACGAAGUGAAGAAAAAGAUCUACGGCGUGAGUAGCGUCAGCGUGUUCGCUACAGGCGGCGGCGGCGGCGAGCGCAAGUCGCGCCGCGACGAGCCGAAGCGGCGCGGCAAGUUCUCGCUCAAGAAGUUUCUCAAGUUCGGCAAGGACGACAAGAAGAAGGAGAAGGAGCGUGGCGGCGGCGAGCAGCGCGCCAAGCCGGAGAUCAUCCACCCGAUCGACCUGACACCGGCCGGCAGCGUCCAGGUCAUCGUGCGCACCGAGGAGGAGAAGCGACGCGACGAGGCCGAGCGGCAGCGCAAGAAGGCUCUGCUCAUUGCGGAGGGCACGCGCGUCUACGACUCCCCGUCCUUCAGCAAGGGACCGCUGUCACCUCGGCCGCUGGAGAAGGCGCCGGCGGCCAGCCCGACCACGCCGUCCGGCCCGACCAGCGCACCCUGGCAGCGCGGCUCUCUCGGCUUCAACUCGGAAGGUCGGCCGAAGCCGCCGCCGCCGCCCCGCCGCACCUCCUCCAUUGACCAAUCAGAGGUGGCGCUGGGCCAGACCCCGCCCUCGCGGCCGCCGCCGCCCAAUCCGGAAGUCUUCAGCAGGUCACGUGACGGCUCCGACAGGUCGACGGGCCAGCGAGAGACUGAGUACGCCAACCUUGGCACGAACCGGGCCGGCCUGACGCCGCGGAAGCCGGACCGCGGCGGCUCGGUGCGACAGGAGUCGCCGCAGCCGCGCGCCGCCGUCGUGUUCGACGCCGACACCGGUAGCACGACACAGUUGUCAGCGGCGACAACUGUGAGCGAGUCGCCCAAAGCUCAGGAAAAGCCGGACGAGCAGCGCGCACCUGGUGUGUCCGAGCCGGAGCUGCCGCGGCAGCGCCCGUCCCGCGUCAGUCUGCGAAAGCAGACAUCCGUGGUGCACGCCAACCUGGAGGAGAACUACGACGCCGUCACGGCCAGCAACCACGAGGCGCUGCUGCAGCUGCUGGAGCAGGUGUCGGAACGGCGGCCCGUGCCGGCUGCGCUCCGCCCGCUGGAGCACAACCCAGCGCUGGCGUUCACACACUUCAAGGUGGCGGCCGAGUCGCACGUGACUUGCGGCCGGCGGGCGUUCCUGCGCGCCGAGCACCGCGAGCAGCCGGUGCUGCUGAUGCUGUCGAGCGAGCCGGCCGCCACGCCGGCCGCCUCGCUGCCGCCGCUGGCGCAGUUCCGCGACCUGGUGCAGGGUCACCUGCUGCCCAAGGCCAGCACCGGCUCCUUCACCUCGGCCAUGCAAGCCACGGUCUGGGUGUUCCCGCCGGUCCAGGUGCAGCCCUUCUGGGAUCUCGUGUCGUCUCAGCCGACCAUCAGCGGCCAGCAGGAAGAGCAGCAGGUCUGCCUGCUGCUGCUGCAGACCGUGCACCACCUGCUCGAGCUGCAGGCACGCGGCCAGCAGUUCGUCGACCAGUCGCUCUGCGAGCUGGUGGCCACCGAGGCCGACGGCGACGCCCAGUGCCGCCUGGUGGCCGUCUACGGCAACUACGAGAGCCGGCAGAAGCUGACCGGCUGCCAGGCGGCGCUGGCCGUCAUGCUGCGCAUGCUGGGCGUGCCAGACGCGCUGGAGCGCGUGCGCGAUGGCCGCGGCGUCAGCGUGCCAGACGUGCCGUCGCUGAACGCGUUCGAGCUGCUGGCGAGCCUGCUGCUGCGCGAGGACGGCUCAGCGCUGCGGCGCGCGCGCGCCGUGCUGGAGUACCUGUUGUGGGGCCCGGCCGACCUGGAGCUGACCGAGGCCGAGAGUUCGCUGCAGCGCUGGCUGGACCUGGAGCGCGCCACCGUGCUCAACAACCUGAUCCGUACGCAGAAGCUGUGGAGCGUCGAGCUCUCCGUGCUGGAGGAGUUCCGGCUCAUGUUCCUCGUGCACACCGACGCGGCCACGCUCAAGGACGCGUCCGAGCUGCUGGACAUCUGACUCCGGCCAUGUGAUAUUGGUGCGCGGGGCGUGGGGCGCCCGGGGCGAGUGUGGCCGCCGCCCGUUCGGAGCGCUCUGAGGACACUGCCGGCCGCCGCUCCGCUCCUGGGACAUGCCGUUCGCACUGCCGACUAUACGACUAUUCGCGCUUCUGCUGAACAGUGCCUGGUGGUAUGUGUAAUGAUGUAGUGCUGAUUUUAACAGCCACUUCUAUUUUUACUAAUCGUGAAAUGAAGCCAUAGGAUGUUAAACGAUGUUUUAUUGGGUCCAGAACAUCCGGCAAGGCAAUUUGUGAAAACAUUUGACUAUUUGGAGCAAAAUGUUCUUGAGGCUUUCAACGUGUUUGGAGUAGUUCGAACUCUUCGUCAUAUGGUGCCGUUUCCUUAAAAAACUGGGGUGGUAUUCGGAGAGAAGCCAGUCUUCGAAACCUCAACCGUAUGGCCGAACGAGCCUGGCAAAGAUUUGUGCAGGCUCUUGGG